UAUUCCAACUAGUUUCUGUGUGGAUCGUGACCUGAAAACCAUCAUGCCUUUGCUGGCGUUUUCAAAAUCUUUUCUUCACAUGUUUAUUAGAGUUUCCAAACUUGCGUAACUUUAUUAAGAGACAUCUUGGAGCACCGUAGUAAGUCUUCUUGGAGAAAGAAGAAAGCCGCAGGGAGAAAGAAAAAUAUUGUCAUUUCCAAUCGCAAUUCGACUCCGCCGUUUUUUUGGCUUGUUUACGUCCUAAGUGGAGAAAGAGGAACACUCUUGAUCUCUACAUACGUCCUACUUUGAACAGCCAUGAAAGCUGUUAUGAUGAUGCUCGUCAUCGCACCUUCUGUGUCAUAUCUUAUGGCAGCUAUUCUUGGUCACUCGUCCUUUCUUCAGACGGUGAAAGAUCGUUACCUUGUCAGUCAUGCCACUGAUCGUCUGAAGGCGUCCAGUAUCUUAUCCUGCGCACAACUCUGCCUGAAAAGACGUGCAUGGUGCCGCUCAGUGAACUAUAGGGAAGAAGAUGGACAGACAAUUUGCGAGUUAAAUGAUAAAGGAUUAGAGAGCUCUGAUUUAGAGUCUUCUUCCUUUGUUUCUAUGCCUGGAUUUAUCUUUGCCCAGCUUCUAAAUUUUGAGCAUCAAAAGCACUGUGAGGAAAUCCAUCAAAAGGAUCCUGGAGCGACGAGUGGUAUGUACGAAAUCUAUCCUGUGCCAAAUGCUGAUGCUAUCGAGGUAUACUGUGAACUUGACAUUGCUGGUGGUGGCUUUACUUUCCUUCCUCAAAGCCUCACACUAAGAUCAGAUGCCCAGCAGAUUGCCGACUCCCUCUUCAGAGACAAAAGAAACGUUUUGCUAAAGCUGAGGAAUAAAUUAAAUGGCAGCGAGUCAUAUACGUUGAUUCAGCCCCACCCAAAUUACACCAACAUUGAUUUCGGGCUUUUGGUUAACAGCUACAUCGGUUACAUUCAACCAGAGAACGAUUUCAUGAAGGAAUACAUUUAUCUCGGUAUCAUACCUAAGUCAGUUGCAAACAAGAACACAACCCAAGGUUUCAAAUCCAACGGGGCCAUAAUCCAAUUUGAAAACUGCGACGGGUAUCCCAGCAGCAUGUUUGCGUUUCUACCAAACCGAAAUCGUGAGAACUCCAGUAGGUAUCUUCUGGGUUCAGAGUACGAAAAUACCGGUGUAGCCGUUGACUGGCGUUCCACGGCAACACCCAUCACAAAUCUACAACGCAAGAUGCCGGAAACGCUCUACUUCUUUACAGAGGUCCAUUUUGGAGGUUGUGGCGGGUACACUUCUAGUGACCGUUGGAAUAAAUAUGGCUUUANUUAG